UCGCACGUGUCAACUCAUCCUAUUCCUCUUACUCGAGCACAACAAAUCCACAAACCACCGACACGAACACAAGAUCACUAUAAUACCGAUCGAACGAACCUCGGCCACAAAAUAGUUAAUCAGACACAAAUUAAACGUAGCAGGAAAUGCAGCAGCAGCAGCAGCAGAAGGAAACAGCGAAAGCAGAUCGUAGAGGAGCUGAGGAUUAUUACGAGGGACGACGUCAGCCUCAGCCGCCGCAGAUAUCCGAGAUGAAGCCGACCACGCGUGAGGCAUACGGCGGAGGGAUGUACGCUGCCGAGGAGGACAAGCCCGCAGCAGCGGCAGCGGCAGCGGCGGACACGACGAAGCCGAGGGCCAGCGAGACGCAGAGCGCCGACGGGCCCGAGGAGCUGCCCCCGGAGCCAAAGCACGCGCCCCCGCCGUCCACCGGAGACCGCGAUCUUGAUAUCACCGGCCAAUCUUACAUCCAGUAGCUAGCCUGAGCGUUUCUGCACCAUACGUGUAGUGUGUUUUGUAAGAGAUAGUGGCACCCUCUUUCGUUAAUUUUAUCUAUAAAUAAAUUUAGCUGAAAAUAUAAAAUAACAAAGGUUCGAAUUUAGAACCUCGGAUACUAACUAUCAAACUUUUUGCUAUUUACGUUAGAGACGGUCAGUGUAACUGAAAAGUUAAUCUGGGUACUUUUGCAUGGUAGUGUAAUUGUUUUUUUUUAUUAUUAU